AUGAUCAUAUUAUAUAAUCCAAAGUACUCCGAUAGGCUCGAGAAUCUGCGCAAGCCCAACAAUUUCUACACGGACGGACUCAUUUCAAAGCAGGACCUAAACUAUUGUCGGAAUCCAACGGCGGCAGAGCGGCCAUGGUGCUUCGUUUCCACAGACUAUAGGAAAUGGGAAUUCUGCGACAUCCCCUUCUGCCCCGGCCGCAAAGUUGAUCCCGAAUGCAAACUGACGGAGAUGGGAAGGGAAUACAUCGGUAUGGUGAACGUGACAAAGACCGGAAAACGCUGCCUGAGAUGGGACGAAAAAGGUUUUGCUGCCUCCCUGCCCUACGAAAUGCUAUUGUUGUCCUUUCGCGAUCCAUACACCAAAAUGAACUUCUGCCGAAAUCCGAUGUCAAAGGAAAUGCCCUGGUGCUUUGUCGACGACGGCGACUUGAAGUGGGAGUAUUGUUCGAUUCCCCUUUGUGAGCGUCCAAGUGCCCCAGAAUGCAAGGAGUCUCUCUCAGGAUCGGAAUACAUAGGAGCAAAGAACUGGACCGUAUUUGGCGCACCAUGCCUUCCAUGGAGUCCUCCAAUCCCCAAACUCAAGAGUUCUCCUUUUUCCGAAAUUUCCUCCCCUGAUAACGUCCCGGAUGACCACAACAACUGUCGGAACCCUGAUACGUCUCCUGGUCCAUGGUGCUUCAUUGAAUGGACCCCCAAAAAUCAAAAUUUUCCUCUUAAGGUUCGGGAGGCCUGCCAUGUGCGUUCCUGUUUUCGAGAAGAAAUAGAGAAGACAUGCGAGGCAGAGGGCACAUGCAAUUCGAAUGGAUUUGAGGCAUUGCAGAUAUAUCCGGAAUGCCGAAUGACGACAUUGGGGAAGGAGUACAGAGGGACCCAAAGCAAAACACAAUCUGGAAAGAAAUGCCUGGAUUGGAAAACGUUUCCAUUGAAGGACAUUCGCCUUCUUCUCCAGCAACAGUUGCCGGUGUCCGAUAUGAAAACUUUAAAUGAAAGACAGUACAUCUCCGAAUUCAUUUCAAAGCAGGAUCUAAACUAUUGCCGGAAUCCAACGUCGGCAGAGCAGCCAUGGUGCUUCGUUUCCACUUUCGAAAAUCCGGUCUGGGGAUUCUGUGAUAUCCCCUUCUGCCCCGGCCGUAAAGAGCCCGUGGAAUGCAAGUUGACCGAAGAGGGAUGGGAGUAUGCAGGGUCGACGAACGUGGAUGCAGAUGGUCGGAAGUGCCAGCCCUGGCUGACGUCCGACCCCGAGCGAUUCCGACACCUCAACUUCCUCGCAUUCCCCGACCAAAUCAUGGACUAUAGUAGCAACUACUGUCGCAAUCCUGACCCGAAAAAUGAAAGUCUCUGGUGCUUCACUGAAGAAACAGGAACUCUGAAAGGACGGCGACAGUGCAAGGUCCCAUUCUGCUACGAAGUGUAUGAGCGUUCCGCUCUCGAAGGUAAACCGGCGCAAGGAUACCCGGAAUGCUUGCAAACGGCGAUGGGGAAGGAAUACGUGGGGACGACGAGGAAGACGAUGACUGGGAGGCCCUGCCUCCGAUGGGACUCUCAGCCCUAUGGAAAGCUUGAGGACUUCGACCCGAAAUUAUCCUACGAUGAUCAUUUCAGAUUUGGCAAUGCCGCAUCGCAUCAAGAUUUCUGCAGGAACCCGACGUUGAGGAAGCAACCAUGGUGUUUCGUCGCCGAUCCAGGCAUGAAAUGGGAAUUCUGCGAUAUCCCCCUCUGCCCCAACUACCCCAAUAAGACGGAAUGCAAAUGGACGCACAAGGCAGAGGAGUACGCAGGGACUCUCAACGUGACGGCGUCAGGGAAGCCGUGUCUGCCUUGGAGCAACUACGAAUCGCUGAAAAAAUUUUGGCCUAGAUUCCCAGAAGACGUGAGGAGAGAGAAUCACAACUUCUGUCGCAAUCCGACCGGGAGAAAGGAUCUUGCUAGCUGUUUAGUUCGUUUUGACGGAAGUGAGAACAUUUUGGAAGCUUGUGACAUCCAAUUCUGCCCUUUCCACUACCUCCACUGA